GCGCAGCUCGCAAAUCAGUCAGAGUGUCCCAGCGAACCGACGUGUGCAGACGUGCCAAAAAGUGCCAGAGAGAGUGCUCGAAGAACGCAAACACAGCCAUACAUACAUACACAUACCUGCCCGCACACACGCACCGCAAGCUGUUUUUUUGUACGUGAAAGAAAAGAGGCGAGGAGAGAAGAAAAGUGCGGUGGCAAGCGAAAGAGCUUGACAGAGAGACCAAGAGAGAGGGGCGAAAGAAAGAAAAAGUGAAAUAAGCGGCGAAAAGAAAAGACCAUGGCCAGUGCAGAGCAGAAACACGCCACCGCCGGCAACGGAACGGCCGGCAAUGGAACGGCGGUCGAUGUGGAGCAGCCCAAGGAUGCCAAGGACCUGUUGCCGCACCUCGAGUCGCUCGAGAGGAUCAUCAAGCUGCCGGUGGUGAACGCGGCCUGGGACAAGUCGCAGGAUGUCUACGGCAAAGUAAAAGGCAAGAAUCGUGUCUUCGAAUGGGCCUUAACGGCGGCCGAGGAUUGCGUGACGCGAGCGGUGACCACGGCGGCUCCCUUCGUCACCAAACUGGACCGCCCCAUCGCCUACGUGGACCAAACCCUGGUCAAGGGCAUCGACAAGCUGGAGGUCAAGGCGCCGAUCAUCAAGGACACACCGCAGGAGAUCUACAACCAGGCCAAGAGCAAGGUGAUCGACGUGGUGCAGCCGCACCUGGAGCGCGUGGUCAAGUUCAAGGCCGCCGGCCAGCAGAAGGCCGCCUCGCUGAAGGACCUCGCCUGGCAGAAGGCCAACGAGGUGCUGGCCACCCAGUACGGCAGCCUGGCGGUCAACGGAGUGGACACCACCACGGCGCUGGCCGAGCGCCUGCUGGAGUACUACUUCCCCAAGUGCGAGUCCGAUGUGGAGGAGGAUAAUGAUGAUAAACAAAAUGCCGUCGUGCAGAAUGGCAAGAGUUCUGAAAAUGACAUGCCAGUUCCCGCCAGCGAGGAUCCAGUCCUACACACAGUCCAGACGGUGGGACGGCUGUCCAACAAGAUAUCCCGUCGCGUCUAUCGAAAUGUCUCCCGACAGAUCAAGCAGGUCCAGAAGGGCAACAUCAACGACUAUCUGAGCUCCCUGAUAGCCGCGCUCAAGUUGCACCAGUACAUCAACUUCAUCAACUCGUCGAUGGGCACGAAUGUGGAGCAGUCGGGCAGCGGCAGCGACGCCUGUUCGCCCUUUGGACCCACCACCGCGAGCGUCGCCACGUCCAGCAGCAACACCACCAGCUCCAGCGGCAGCAGCAGCAGCAGCAACAACGCGGCGGCUGUGGCCAAGCCCCAAGGGGCCAAGAGCAAACCGGCGGCGGCGGCGGCGGCAGCGGUGUCGUCUCAGUAGGGGGGUGACAGUAGCCCGUCUACAACUAUAUCUUUAGCUGGAUAUCAUCCCUCUUCACACCACACACACUCGCACACCCCCCACGCGCACCGCCCAUUUUAUAAUGUAUUUUAUAAAUUCGUUUUUUUGCGUAACUUUUUUUUUUUGAGUGCCAGUAGUACUCCCAUAGAGGAUCACCGAAAGUGGAUUAGGGUUCUUGGAACAACAACCGCCCGCCACCGCCCCGCCCCCUGCGCAACCUGCUUUGUACAUAUUUAUUUGAAGUAUAGCCCCCCCCCCCCCCCCAACCUAGUUGUAAGAUAUAGUAGUCGCAGAGAUCGGGAGUGAGAAGAGAGCGUUUUUUUUCGUCAGUUUUAGCUGUGCUAAAGUGCCACGCAUGCAUUGAAUAACACAUAAUAUAUACACCCAUAUAUAUGCCAAUAUAUACACACACCCAUAUAUAAUGUACAAGUAUGUAUACAUAAAGAAACGUACGCACACGUUGGCGUAGUGUGGCCUAGCUAUACGUACACGUAAUCUAAUACCUAAUGCUAUUUCUAUCUCUAUUUAAUUUCCAUUGUACGCUCGCUGGGAGCCCAACCAGAGGAUGUCUAAUUGCUAAUGAAAAUGAAUUAUGCCUGGUAUAUAUAUAUACGUAUGCAUGUAUAUGUGUACAUAAGACACUUGUAUGGAGACCUAGCCAUAAUGUUUGCUCUAAACAACUAGAUUGAUAAUAUUAAAUAUUAAUAAAAGAACCAUCGCAAAACUGGAACAAGAACAAGAGAA